AAGGGACCUGGAAACUUUUGGACAUUUUCCCGAGAAACUUUUUUCCGGAUUUUUUUUGGGGGUCUCUUUGUUUUUUCAUUAUUCAACAUCGUCGCCGUGGACCUUUCUUUCUUCCUUUUUUUUUUUGGAAGGGGGGGUGUCCCAUUUUCUGUAGAUUGUUGAAAGUAUGGGAGGCUUCGGCUCUGAAAAUUUAUUACAGAGUAGGUGGGAGUCCUAGAAUUAUCCGGGAGCUGUAAGAGAAGUCAAAAUUUCCUUCGUACAGUAGUAUAAAGAAGUGUUCAGUAUGGAUAUGGUGAUUUGAGCUUCAAGUGAAGGUCGUAUUUUUUUCCUUAGGGAAGUCUAGUAAACAGAAAUGGCUUUUGGGCCGUUGGUGUGGUAUUGUCGCCCUGUGGAAAAUGGAUUUUGGACUAAAGCAGUGGAGAAUGCCUUUGGUGCUUACACACCAUGUGGGGUUGACUCCUUAGUGGUGGCUGUUUCUCAUCUGGUUCUUCUAGGCCUGUGCUUCUAUCGAAUAUGGAGGAUUAAGAAAGAUGUUACAGUUCAACGGUUCUGUUUGAGGUCCAAUCUUUAUAAUUAUGCGUUGGCAUGUUUGGCUGCUUAUUCUGCUGCUGAGCCUCUGUUCAGAUUGAUAAUGGGAUUUUCAGUGCUGAAUUUGGAUGGGCUGCCUGGUCUUGCACCUUUUGAGAUAGUUUCUGUCAUAAUCGAGGCACUUGCUUGGUGUUCUAUGCUGGUUAUGAUUGGUCUGGAGACCAAAGUCUACAUCUAUGAAUUCCGGUGGUUUGUGAGAUUUGGAGUCAUGUAUGCUUUAGUAGGGGAUAUUGUAAUGCUCAAUCUCAUUCUUCCUUUGAAGGACUUUUACAGUAGCUCCGUGCUGUAUUUGUACAUCAGUGAAGUUGGCUGCCAGAUCUUGUUUGGAGUCCUUCUGCUUGUGUAUGUUCCGCGUUUGGAUCCCUAUCCUGGUUACACCCCAUUGCGAACUGAAUCAAUUGAUGAUGCUGCAUAUGAAGAGCUUCCUGCAGGGGAGCAGAUAUGUCCUGAGAGGCACGCCAAUAUAAUUUCAAGAACAUUCUUUGGUUGGAUGAAUCCCCUUAUGCAGCGUGCAUAUCAAAGACCAAUAACAGAGAAGGAUGUGUGGAAGUUAGAUACUUGGGAUAGAACAGAAACACUGAAUGCUAAGUUCCAAGAAUGUUGGGUUAAAGAAUCUCAGAAGCCAAAGCCAUGGCUGUUAAUAGCAUUAAACAGUAGCCUUGGAGGAAGGUUUUGGUGGGGAGGCUUUUGGAAGAUUGGCAAUGAUCUUUCUCAAUUUGUGGGGCCUCUCAUCUUGAAUCAACUUCUACAGUCAAUGCAACAAGGGGACCCUGCUUGGAUUGGAUAUGUGUAUGCCUUCUCGAUAUUUGUUGGAGUGGCUGUAGGGGUGUUGUGCGAAGCUCAGUAUUUCCAGAAUGUCAUGCGAGUUGGUUUUCGGUUAAGAUCAACCUUGGUUGCUGCUGUAUUUCGUAAAUCCUUGAGGCUGACCCAUGAAGCUCGUAAAAAGUUUGCAACAGGGAAAAUAACCAACUUAAUGACAACUGAUGCUGAAGCACUUCAGCAAAUAUGUCAGUCACUUCACACUUUGUGGUCGGCUCCUUUUCGUAUCACUAUUUCCAUGGUUCUUCUAUAUCAACAGUUGGGUGUUGCUUCACUGAUUGGUGCACUGAUGCUGGUUCUCAUGUUUCCUUUACAGACAUAUGUCAUAAGCAGGAUGCAGAAAUUGUCUAAGGAGGGGUUGCAACGUACGGACAAGAGAAUUGGCCUCAUGAAUGAAAUUUUAGCAGCAAUGGACACUGUGAAGUGUUAUGCAUGGGAGAGUAGUUUCCAGUCCAAGGUAGAAAAUGUCCGUACUGAUGAAUUAUCCUGGUUCCGAAAAGCAUCACUACUUGGAGCGUGUAAUGGAUUCAUACUAAACAGCAUUCCAGUUUUUGUGACUGUUAUAUCAUUUGGAAUGUUCACAUUGCUCGGGGGAAAUCUAACACCUGCAAGGGCAUUUACAUCACUUUCUUUGUUUGCCGUGCUUCGCUUUCCUCUUUUCAUGCUUCCUAAUAUUAUAACUCAGGCAGUUAAUGCAAAUGUAUCCUUAAAGCGUCUUGAGGAGCUACUCUUGGCUGAAGAGAGGAUUCUUCUUCCAAAUCCACCUCUUGAUCCUGGGCUACCAGCGGUGUCAAUAAAAAACGGAUAUUUUUCUUGGGAUUCUAAGGCAGAGAAACCCACAUUGUCAGAUAUCAAUUUGGAUGUUUCUGUUGGAAGCUUAGUUGCAAUUGUUGGCAGCACUGGAGAAGGAAAGACAUCACUUGUAUCAGCCAUGCUUGGGGAGCUUCCUUCAGUGGGAGAUUCAAAUGUUGUUAUGAGAGGAACAGUCGCAUAUGUUCCACAAGUUUCAUGGAUUUUUAAUGCAACUGUACGUGAUAACAUCUUAUUUGGAUCGGCCUUUAAUUCUGCAAAAUAUGAAAAAGCAAUAGAUGUGACGGCACUGCGGCAUGACCUUGACUUACUUCCUGGUGGUGAUUUGACUGAGAUUGGUGAAAGGGGUGUUAACAUUAGCGGUGGUCAAAAGCAAAGGGUGUCCAUGGCUAGGGCUGUAUAUUCCGAUUCUGAUGUAUUCGUAUUUGACGACCCACUAAGUGCUCUGGAUGCUCAUGUGGCUCGACAGGUUUUCGACAAAUGCAUUCGGGGAGAAUUAAGAGGGAAAACAAGAAUACUUGUGACAAACCAGCUACAUUUUCUUUCACAGGUUGAUAGAAUAAUACUGGUCCAUGAAGGGACAGUGAAAGAGGAGGGAACAUUUGAUGAACUAUCUAAUAAUGGCAUGCUGUUCCAGAAGUUAAUGGAAAAUGCAGGGAAGAUGGAAGAAUAUGUUGAAGAAAAUGAAGAACAUGAAAUCAAUGAUAAUAAUGCCUCUUCAAAACCUGUUGCCAAUGGGGUGCCCAAUGAUGUGAAAAAUGCAAGUGAUGUGGGUAAAACAAAACAAGGAAAAUCUAUUCUUAUUAAACAGGAAGAACGAGAAACGGGUGUGGUCAGUAUGAAAGUCCUAUCAAGGUAUAAGACUGCUUUAGGAGGUUUAUGGGUGGUUGUUAUUCUCUUUACUUGCUACAUCCUGACUGAGGUUCUACGAAUUUCAAGUAGCACCUGGUUAAGUCAUUGGACCGAUCAAGGGAUUUCUGAUAAUUAUGAUCCUGGCUUCUACAAUCUGAUAUAUGCACUUCUAUCAUUUGGUCAGGUUAUUGUGAUGCUGGGAAAUUCCUAUUGGUUAAUUAUUUCAAGUCUUUAUGCUGCCAGAAGGCUGCAUGAGGCCAUGCUUGAUUCUAUAUUAAGAGCUCCAAUGGUUUUCUUCCACACCAAUCCCCUUGGACGGAUUAUCAAUAGGUUUGCAAAGGAUCUCGGUGACAUUGAUCGGAAUGUUGCUCCUUUUGUGAAUAUGUUUCUGAAUCAAGUUUCACAAUUGCUUUCUACAUUCAUUUUGAUAGGAUUUGUCAGCACUAUGUCCUUGUGGGCCAUAAUGCCACUCUUGGUUUUGUUUUAUGCAGCAUAUCUCUAUUAUCAGAGCAUGGCUCGGGAAGUUAAACGGCUAGACUCCAUAAGUAGAUCCCCUGUUUAUGCACAAUUUGGAGAAGCAUUGAAUGGCCUAUCAACUAUUCGUGCUUACAAAGCUUAUGAUCGGAUGUCAGACAUUAAUGGAAGGUCUGUUGACAACAAUAUUAGGUUCACUUUGGUCAAUAUGAGUGGUAACCGGUGGCUUGCUAUCCGUUUGGAAACAUUGGGAGGCCUCAUGAUAUGGUUUACUGCAACUUUUGCUGUCAUGCAGAACGGGAGGGCAGAAAACCAGCAAGAAUUUGCUUCCACUAUGGGUCUUCUUCUUAGCUAUGCUCUAAACAUUACUAGUUUAUUGACUGGAGUACUGAGACUUGCAAGUCUGGCAGAGAAUAGCUUAAAUGCCGUAGAACGGGUUGGGACAUAUAUAGAUCUGCCAUCUGAGGCUCCAUUAAUUAUAGAGAGUAACCGCCCCCCUCCUGGGUGGCCUUCAUCUGGGUCUAUUAGAUUUGAGGAUGUUGUUCUACGUUACAGGCCUGAACUUCCUCCAGUUUUACAUGGGUUGUCAUUCACAAUAUCGCCAAGUGAGAAAGUAGGAAUUGUUGGAAGAACUGGAGCAGGGAAGUCUAGCAUGCUUAAUGCUUUAUUCCGGAUUGUAGAACUAGAAAGAGGAAGAAUUUUGAUUGAUGACUGGGACAUUGGAAAGUUUGGACUCACAGAUCUACGGAAAGUUCUUGGAAUCAUACCACAGUCACCAGUUCUUUUCUCAGGAACUGUGAGAUUCAACCUUGAUCCCUUUAAUGAACAUAAUGAUGCUGACCUUUGGGAAGCUCUAGAGAGGGCACAUUUAAAGGAUGCAAUUCGGAGGAAUUCUUUUGGGCUGGAUGCUGAGGUAUCCGAGGCUGGUGAGAAUUUCAGUGUAGGACAGAGACAACUAUUAAGUCUUGCUCGAGCAUUGUUGAGAAGGUCGAAGAUAUUGGUUCUUGAUGAAGCAACUGCAGCUGUUGAUGUCAGAACUGAUGCUCUUAUUCAAAAAACUAUUCGAGAAGAAUUUAAAUCGUGUACAAUGCUCAUUAUUGCUCACAGACUAAAUACCAUUAUUGAUUGUGACCGAAUCAUUCUGCUUGAUGCUGGCCGGGUUUUAGAAUAUGACACCCCUGAGGAACUGCUGUCGAGGGAGGAUAGUUCUUUCUCAAAAAUGGUUCAAAGUACAGGAGCUGCUAAUGCUCAAUAUCUACGUAGCCUAGUACGUGAAAGGGAAGAUGUAAAUCGGCUGGGAAGAGAAGAAAGCGUACGGUCAGAUGGACAGAGGAAAUGGUUGGCUUCUUCUCGGUGGACUGCUGCUGCACAAUUUGCCCUUUCUAUGAGUCUCAGUUCAUCACAGAACGAUCUUCAAAGAUUGGAAAUUGAAGAUGAGGACAACAUCCUUAAAAAAACAAAGGAUGCAGUGAUCACUCUGAAGGGAGUUUUGGGAGGGAAACAUGACAAAGCUAUUGAAGAGUCACUGGAUCACUAUCAGGUUUCUAGAGAUGGAUGGUGGUCUGCUCUUUACCGAGUUGUUGAAGGUCUUGCUGUGAUGAGCAGGUUAGCUCGGAACAGGCUUCAAAACUCAGAAUUUGGUUUCGAUGACAAGUCAAUUGACUGGGACAAUGUUGAAAUGUAGGACAAUAGUGUUUUGUUUAAUGACGAAAUUUUUGUAGCUUUGAUGGCUCAGCAAAACUUUUUUAUUCUAUUCUAUGGAUUACUAACGGGAGGUAAUCUCCUACCUUAGCCGUAAACCCUCGCUUCGCUUGUCUAUGUACCUCUGUUUCAUUUACCACGUUGUAUUAACUUACCUUGUCAUCGUUCAGUUUUGAUAUUUUAGCCUCUGAUAAUUCGUUUGUAUGCACUUUUGUUUUGAUUAUCAUAUAGUAUUUGAGCCACAGGUUUAUACCUUU